CUCCCUCACCUACCGCCCCACGCGCGCGCGCGCUCGCGCACCACGCGCCCCGCGCCGCCCGCCAGGAUCCUGGCCUCUCGAGAGCAAGAAAUCCUGACCUCUGAGGGAGCUGGCCUCAACUCCUGAUACCUGGGACUGGGAACUAGCAACAGCCUUAGUGGAGGAUGUGUCUCUACCAGCAUUCUCCAUUCGUCAGACCGAACUUGAUUGGAAUGGAUGGGAUCUACAAGCAAAAGCAUCCCUCUGUGGAAGUCUUAGAGGAAGCGUCAGAAAUCGGAGGGCACCUAAUAUUAUGGACUGAAUGUUUGUGACUCCCCAAAUUCAUAUGUUGAAAUCCUACUGCCUAAUAUGAUGGUAUUGGUGGGCCUUUGGGAGGUAAUUAGGAUUAGGUGAAGUCAUGAGGGUGGAGUCCUCAUGAAAGGGAUCAGUGCCCUUAGAAUUCAGGAGGGAGCUUGCUUCCUCUGCGCUGCUCUUGGCCACGUGAGUAUACAACAGUAGACUGCUGUCUACAACUUGGAGACAGACAGGUUCUCUCGUGAGAACCCAACAGUGCUGGCACCCUGAUCUCGAACUUCCAGCCUCCAGAACUGUGAAAAAUACGUUCUGUUGUCUAUAAGCCUCCCAGUUUAUGGUGUUUUGUUAUAGCAGCCUGAACAGACUAAGACGCUUGCUGAUAUAAAAUCAUAUAGUCGUCCUAGCUUAGCAGCUACUAAUCAGCAUUGGGGAAUGAGUGAGUGGGGAACCAGUAUGCACAUAGCAACUCAUUUAACAGAAUCCGGAAGAUUCCAAAGUGAAUGUUCUUUUUUUGUUUGUUGUUUGUUUUAAUCUCUACCAUUUGUAUCUUUCGCUGUUUCUGGCAUUUAGAUAGACAACUGAUAAUAGUAUUGACUUGGGUAAAGCUUGGGUGAUUUCCGACUUAUUCAAGAUUCACAACUUCAUAUAUGCCAGAACUCUUUCUUAGCUCCCCCUUCUUUCCAAAAGGAGGGGGCCCCAACUUCCCUGCUGAGGGAUGCUAGGCACUAUUCCCCUUAUUGCAAAGGCAUCUCCUGCUGCUAGAGCCCCCUGCAUUACCGGAAAGUGCUGUAGCUCUUGGGAUCCCUUUCUUGGUCCCAGCACAUUCUUACAUGCUCAUGGAACUGAGUUAGUAGGGAUUUUAUUCUUCCUCUCUGAGUAACAUGUGUUACAGAUUGGUGUUUAUAUAGCCACAGUAUGAAAACGUUACCUCUAAAAGCUAACUUGGAAAUCUCCUAGUUAGAUACAUAAACAAGUAGAUACAUUUUAUGUUUUCUUUGUUAGAGGAUGCCACCUGAAGAUUUCUAAUAUCAAAUUGCAUAAUUGGCUUAGCCUGGUAAGAGGUGAUUGCCUCAUAGAGGUUCCAUAGUUGCUGUAGAAGCAUGGGGCCGGCAGAACCUGUGGUCUUACAGGCCACUGUUAGGAUAUUGAGGAGCGUGGCCAUGGCUGGGGACCAAGUCCCUGUGGAAAAGAGAAAGGCUGUUUCAGUGCCUUGAGUGCUAGACACCUGGUACCAAUUAGACCACACCUGCUUUCUGCUGUUUGGUCUCUCCCGUUCUUUCUUAAAAAAAAAGUCACUGAAAAUCAGAAAUGUUUCAGAUUCUGACCCAAAUCUCUGUGUAUCUUUAUAACGUCUCAAAACCAUAUGUGAAUUCUGGUGAUAGUAGUAAAUAGGUGAGCAAGUUUUGCCUAUUCUCUCAUUCCGAGGUAGAAGAAUAUCUCAUUCUGAUAUUGAAAAAUUCUCAGACAGGUGAGCAUCUUCACAAAAGAAACGUAGGAGGACUAUGUCAGCAUCCUUCACAGCAUCCAAACAGGACCAAACACAUCAGUACUAGGGAGCGUUUGUUAAAUAAAUGGUCCAAAGCAAAAAGUAAUGGCAACUGGCUGCUUUUUAUUUUCAUUUCCCAUCUUACCGGCUUUUUCAAAACAUCAUUUUGAUUCCAACAAACUUGGAUCCCUCAUUAUAUUUCCAGUGCUGUGUUUGAAGACUGCUCGAAUGUCAGCCCCUGGCUGUUUAUGCGUGCACAUAUGCAUAGACUGACUCGCUCUAUCCAAACACAGAAGUGCCUGCUUAGUUGAUGUGAUCAACUGGGGGAAUUGGUUGUUAGGUUGAAGAAUACUCUGGAAGGUAGGUGCACCUUUAAUUUCACCCAAAACAUGUUGAGAUGAUUUCUUAGAGGGUUGCUUCAUGACGGUAUGCUGCAUUAAUUUACUUAUUGUAUUGCUUUGAGAGUAUUAUAAAUUCAGCCAGCAUUUAUUAUUGAGCAUCUGCUAGGCUCACAGACCUGUGCUGGGCCCUCUCUGCCCCUGCCUUCAGGUUGUUGACCAUCUGACCUGAUAGACUGCAUAAGGAAGGGACAUCAAUACGAAUACUACACUCGUUAAAUAACAGGUGCAUGGACCUCCAGCUGAAAGAAGGGACUCAGAUGAGGUGGAAGGGCUGGGGGAAGGACCAGUUUGGGAAGAUGUAGAACUGCAGUUGGCCUUAAUGGAUGGUGAGGAGGAGAGGGAGCAUUCCAUGUAGUGGGGAGCAAUUAUAAGCAAAGGCUAGAAGUUGGAGUUCACAUUGUGUUUGCAGAACAGGGAGAAGCCUGGUCCACUUGUGGAGGUGAGGUCCUGUGUUGGAAGGAAUGGUGAUAAGGCCGCAAAGCUUGUGUGGUGCCAGGCCCCAGAGGCGUUCUCCUCCUGCAUAUCCCAGUGGUCUGGAAGGCAGCCCAGCAGCAGCACAGGGAGGGGCUGGGGGCCGCUUGGCUGGGUUCCGCUCCCGCCUACAUUUACCCUGAGCUGCGUGAUCCUGGGUAUCAGGCAAACUCUCUGUGCCACCGUUUCCUCGUUUGUAAAGUGAGGACAAUGAUUUUGUGUAUGUCACAGGGUUGCUGUGAGGAGUAGAAGAAUAAUCACAUAAAGCGCGUAGCACGGUGCUGAGUCCUUGGUAGAGAUCAUCACACCAUUAGUCGUUCAGCAAGGGGGAGUAGUAGUGGCAUAGCUUUUCCUUUGUUGAAAGCUUCAUGGGUUGAGGCUUGAAGAGGCUUUGUGGAGUUUCCUUUUGCCCGGAUGGAGUUGAAGAUGGGAAUUUAGAGGUGUCACCAUGAUCUCCAGCCUCUACUGGAAGGGAUGGGAACGUGUACAGUCUGGUUUCACUCCUUCUCCAUUUCACAGAUUUAGGAAUUGGUCAUGGUGAUGGGCAAUGUCCCCUAAUAGCAACAGAGAACUCGUAUGCGAGUCAGUUAGAGGAAGUGGAUUAUUGGGCCAGAAAUAACUGGAAGCUUGUUUGCUUGCCUCUUUGUUUCUCGGUUAACACUUUAUAUUGUAUACCCAGAAGCUGCUGCUGUGCUGACAAGGAUGAAAUAGAGAAUUGAAUCUGAAUAAAUCAAAAUGGAAAAUAACUGUGAAUACCCCUAAGUAAUUGUUGUGUCCAACUUAGAUAACUCAUUCAUGCUAAUUCUGUUUGUUGUAGUUACACUUCGGGUAGAUAAGAAAAUGGAAAGCAGCUUUGUCUAUAUAAAAGCAGGAAUUCUUUUCAUACUGUUCCUUGAAGCUUUUCUGGGGUUUUUUUUAGCCGAAAGUAAGUUUAAUUUAUCUAGUCAGAAGUUUCAGUUUUUACUAAGCUUGUCUUUGUAAAGAUAUGAAUAAGUUGUACUUCAGUCCUAUCUUCAUGGUGGAAAUUGUGUGAAAAUUUUUAUGACACGAGCAUUCCAGCCCAUGAAGAAACAGCAUCUUCAAAGGAUAACAUUACAAAACACGUUUUUGUUUAUCACAUUGCUGUCCUUCAGUGGAGAUGGGAUGGUGAAAUCUCAACACCCUGUCCUUCAGGGCCUCUUCUCAGACCAGGCUGCAAGCUGGCCCCAGAGAAGCUGGAGUGGACGCAGACACACCCUCCAGACUUUCUUCAUUGUCACGUAGGAGAAAGAUCAAGAAAGAUUGUCACAUAUGGGAAACCCCUCCCCGCAGUCUCUGGAAAUGUGCUUUCCAGAAGUAGGAAACGUCUAGCCUUGUUCCUGACUGAUUCACCACUCAACUUGGUCCAGGAUAUGGGAAAGCGGAACCACCAAAAGGAGUAAUGACCGGCGAUCUCAUGAUAGAUCUGGAUGAUAGUUCUCAUGCCUCGGGAUAUCCAGUUGGGAACUCUCCAGCUCCUGGGCUCAGACUUUCAUCCACUAUAAAACCCUUCUUUGCCUGAACUCCUACUAAAGCCACUCCUAGCUAACUACGAAUGGCUACCCAAAGGAAACACUUGGUGAAAGAUUUCAAUCCUUACAUCACCUGCUAUAUCUGUAAAGGGUAUCUGAUCAAGCCAACUACAGUAACGGAAUGCCUCCAUACCUUCUGUAAGACUUGUAUUGUCCAGCACUUUGAAGAUAGCAAUGAUUGUCCAAGGUGUGGCAACCAAGUUCAUGAGACAAAUCCAUUAGAAAUGUUGAGGUUGGAUAAUACAUUAGAGGAAAUCAUAUUUAAACUGGUCCCUGGAUUACGAGAACAAGAACUUGAGCGUGAAUCUGAAUUUUGGAAGAAAAAUAAGCCUCAAGAAAAUGGACAAGAUGAUAAUUCAAAAGGUGACAAAUCUAAAGUAGAUGAAGAAGGUGAUGAAAAUCAAGAUGAUAAAGACUAUCACAGAAGUGACCCACAAAUUGCUAUAUGUCUAGAUUGUUUACGAAAUAAUGGGCAAUCAGGAGACAAUGUAGUGAAGGGUUUAAUGAAGAAAUUCAUUCGAUGUUCUACACGUGUAACUGUGGGAACUAUUAAAAAAUUUCUGAGUUUAAAACUAAAGCUUCCAAGUUCUUAUGAGUUGGAUGUGCUGUGCAAUGGUGAAAUUAUGGGGAAGGAUCAUACUAUGGAAUUCAUCUACAUGACAAGAUGGCGACUAAGAGGCGAAAACUUUCGGUGUCUGAACUGCUCAGCCUCGCAAGUCUGCUCUCAGGAUGGCCCUUUAUAUCAGUCAUAUCCCAUGGUAUUGCAGUAUCGACCAAGAAUUGAUUUCGGUUAGACCAAGGGGCCUAGAUCCCACUGAGAUGAAUCCUGCACUAUUUGUUUACUCAUCAACAGAUUGCACAGCGAACGGUGUGUGGACUAGAGGGACACAACCAGAUUUUCAGCAUGCAAAUAAGGCCACUGUCUGUCUCUAAAUUGUCAGUUGCAUUUAUGUUGUUUCUAUUAAGAGCAAACCAAGUGCCAUUCUGCUACUGACCCAUCUGCAUAAGUUAUUUGUGCUGUCUCUCAGUGUACAAUACAAGUCAUGGUUGAAAUCAGUUAGGUGUUCAGCCAUGAUUCAGCCUUCUGAAUAUUUUGCUUGCUUGUUCCAAGAUUGUUCUAAUGUUUGAUUACACUAGUAAUAUGGCUCAAUCUUUGUGGUGUUACAGUUUUCACAUACUUACUAUUUCAUUAAUUCUUGUUUAAAUAGAGUAUUGCACAAGAAACUAAUAAUUAUUCUAUCGAAAUUAUUUUGUAUGGGGAAUAUAUUUAGAAAAGUGGUUUUUGAGCCACUGUCCUGUUCUCAGUAAGCUUUUUGUGUGCAAAAUAGUUCAAGUUCUUUGGGGAAGAAUUCCAGUUAUUCUUUAACAUGUCGAGCACACUGGAAUCGUAGGCAUUUAAGUCAUUUGUCAGUGUAGUCUACCACUUGCACAAGGAGGGGAUGUGAGCCCCCCAGAUUGGAAAUGCAUGUGACUUCUUAGAGAACCGAAGUUGGAUUCAUAACCAUUCGAAAUGUUGGCAGCUGAUCACACUAUUUCUAAUAAAAUGAAUGUUUAAGGUUAAUCAUCUUCAUAAUGCCUUAUGACAAGCGGGUGCUGCUUCAUGAAAUGUCAUUGUAACCCAUUUUAUGGAUGCAUCAUUACAUUGUUGCUCUCAUUUGAUGAGUACAUUGUUUCUCUCUUUAAGUUGGCCUUAGGUGUGUGUCAUUGUGGCAUGCAGAGGGUGAUGAUAAUUUUAAAUAUUAGAAUCUUUAGAGCAGAUACCAUUAGCUACUUUAUGGAUUUCAAAAAUCUCAAAGCAUUUGUAGAUUCAAACUGUUCGUUACCUAUCACAUUUCCAAACCAUUUGCAUAAAGUAGAAUAAAUGCAGUAUAGUAGAUAAAUAUGCUAACCAAAAUGAAUGGUUUGAGGAUAUUUCAUUUUAGAUCCUAUAGCAAUCAGGGGGAAAUGGGAUUACUGUUUUAUAUGUAAGUUCAUUAAGGUCAGAGCUAUGAUAAUGUCCUUGAUUUUGCAGUUUUGUUAAGUCUUCCAUUCAUUUUGAGAUUAGUCUACAAGUCAAAGACAGUCUUGUUAUCUUAAAUUAUAUGAAGAACUUCAUUUUAAGCAUUUUUAAAUUUAUAGUUUUCAAAAAAACUUCUUUGGAAAUUGUUAUAUUAAUGUUUCAAAACAGGUUAACCUCUGAAACUUGGGAAAAAACCUUGAAAGUUAGGGAAAACAUUUGUUUCAGAAAUCUGACAUGAGCACAAUCUGUGUGUUGCACACGUUGUUUUUAUACUGUAUAUAUGGUAGAUGUGCUACAUUUUCCAGUAAAAUGUAUCACAGAUUAAUGCCUUCUGAAUCUCAAAAUGCUUAGAAAUAAAACAUUGUACAACUCUAAGAAACACAUACAACAUACAGCUAAAUCUUGAUGCAUUUCACAAUAUAAAAGUCUGAAAUAUCAUAAUUCUCUUUUCCAAAUACCUUUGUUUCAAGUCAGAAAAUCUAUAUUAAAAUUUCCUGUUGGUUUCGUUCUGACUUUUGUGGAAAAGGUUAUGGCAGUACUUUAAUUUCAUUUUGUUAGAUUGUGUUUGUGCUUAGAAGAGUCACAAGCAAAAUUUAAAAGGCAGGUUUUUGUUAACUCUUUUAAAAUGGUUGGAACAGACCAUUACACUCAACCAAAAACAAUUUACUCUUUAGCUACAGAAAUUAUUUUGUUAUGCUAUGCUGUGAAAUCCAAUUCACUGACAUCCCUAAGAAAAGUUAAAAUUAUAAAUUUGUCACAUUCAGGUUAGUGAUUUAAGUACUGUUUUACAUAUGGAAGUUAAUUUUAAUUGACUUAAUGCGAAAUGCAUUGAGAGUGUAUUUUAAAAAACCACAAAUGAGACCUGGAUGUUUUGGGGUCCCCAGCCAAAACUUAUAACCUUAAAUGAGUUUUAUAUACAUGAUCUCUUUAAAUUUGUCCUUUUGCUUCAUCAUAUGUAAUUUCACUGUUUUCCAAGGAAAUAUAUUGGAAGCAAUUAUGGAAUUUAAAAUAGUUUAGUGUAUUAACAUUUUUACUGAAAUGCAAUGGAAUAUGUGCCAAAACAUGUAAAAACCUUAUAUAAAGAAGGAUAUCAGUUGUCAUUUGGAGAAAGGUACACACUUUAUGAUGGUCCUGAGUAAUACGGUAUUACUAUUAGAACCACAGACUUCUUCAGGAAACCUCUUUUGAUGUAUUCAACUAUGAUUUUCUAAGUAUGGGACUACUUUCAUAUCUAGUAAUACACUAAAUUCCCAGUUAAUCAUUCCCUAAGUCAGGUUGUGGAGUUUGCAAGAAACCAGGUAUAGAAAAAAAUAUACAGACAACUUUUAUGGCUAGUUUUAUAAACUUAGGGUGCUAGUAAAAUAAACUAUUUAUAUAAAUAACCUAUAGGAAUAAUCAUCUGAAUUUACAAAAUUGGAGAACACAUAAAAUUGUUUUUCUUUAAUCUGUUGUUUCUUAAGCAACAAGCUGAAAGAACCUUACUUCCAUAAAAGAUUUUGUAAUCUUUUUUCUCUGCCUCAGAUAUCAUACUUGUAAAAGGGUCAGGAACCUUGGAUAUAAAGGCCUGCGGUUUAUAGACUUUAUCACUAAAGUUUAUCACUUUAACUUAAGUAAUCACAUCAGUUAAUAGAAAUAUCAGAAUAUGGCCUUUCUCUAAAUUAACAAAAUACUUUUAAGAAGUAAAAAAAAUAAACUAGAAGGCUCAUUGAUGAGGUAAUAUUAGCUCAUUCAAUCUAGGGCACAGGUACCUUGGGUAAUGCCUUUUACCUACUUUUAGAAAAGUAUAUUAUUUCUUUAUUCAUUGAAAAUCUGUCCCAUACUAAUAUGCCACAUUUUAUAAAUGUAAUGAGUUUGCUCAAGUAUAUUAUAUACACAAAUGUAAUCUAAAGUUAAAUGAUUCUUUAAGAGAAAAAAAAGGAUAUGUUAUAUAAUAUUGUGAACUGCUUAGCUUUAUUGAAAUAUUUAAGAGAAAGUGCCUCAUUGCAACUGUGCAUUUUUGUUUUAGAUCUACUGCAUAAAUUUUGAGUUAUCUGUACCUGUGUCUUAUGAAUGAUUUUGUAUCUAGGCGCUCGUAAGUUAGAGUAAUCUCUUUUUAAAAGAUUUUCGUAAGAAAAUACAUAUCACCAAAGACAUUUUACUGGUAAUUAAUAACCAUGUUGGAGAGACAGUUUUAAGUUUGGAGGUUGGAAAUUUUUAGAUUGCAGUUUAAUUUUAUAUUAGGUAAUAACCUUGAGUAAUUGCUAAAAUGUCACCAAAGAAAGGUUUUAAACUGAAUUUUCAUGGUGAGCUCAAUCAAGUGCAGGUUGUUCCUGCAAUAAUCAGAGCACUUCGUUUCAGAUAUGUUCCUUGUUUUUCCAGCACCAUUUGACAGAUCUUAGGAAAUCCUCAAAGGUGAGAAAGAAACACAACAAACAGCCCCCCUCUGGAUGAAAAGUGGGAGAAAUCCAUACUUUGAAAAGAAAGUUGAAAUUGAGAUUUUAAAUUCUAAUUUGAGAAACUUUUUAUUCCUUGGAGGCAAUGUAAACAAAAAUUAUGCUUAUUUAAGGUUUCUGGGUUCUUAGUAAUAUGAAAAAUUUGAUUAAAGACAGACUGGUAAAAGCGCUGACAGGCUUGUGUAUAUGUACUGUUAGACUCAAAUGUCAGUGCUUUUUCUGUACUCAAAAGCAAAAUUUUCAUAAUGGCUUAUUUUUUUUCUUGAAAAAGUUAACUCCUUGUCUUGUUUCUCAGCAAUUACUUUGUUAUUAGAAUUUAGCCAUACAGCCAGAUUUGGCAAAAUGUGUCUCAGAUCAAGAGCAUAUACAUGUAGUCAAGCACUCUCCUUACACCAUUCUCCCUGGGAGCUCCUUACACCAUUCUCCCUGGGAGCUCAUGGGGCAGGGCUCCCACUGUGACGUCUUUCUGAGAGGCCACGAGGCCAAACCUCCUCGGAUAGGAUAAGAAUGGAUGCACUCUAUUACAUACCCUGGCUUAGCAUAAGUAAUUUUCUAGCAGGCUAAGCUUUAGACAUUCAGAUGUUGGUUGUAGGGGAAUUGCAGAAAUGAAUGAGUUUGCCAUAACUGUAAUUUUCUGGAUUAGAAACACAAAAACGUGAAAUGCUAUUAUUAUUUCAAGAUAUAUAUCCCUACAAUAAGGAACACGACAUGUCUGCCAGAUCUGGCUUAUGAAAGAUUGAAAAAUGUUAAAUAUUCUAGAGAAUCUGAAAUCCUUUGAAAGCACAGAACAACUAAGCAAAUCUGGAUUUAUUUGAUAUAUGUAAUGCAGUAGUAUUUUGAUGGAAAAACAGAUUGAAAGUUCAUCAAAAUAUACUUAAAUAUACAUUGCAAGAUUUUCAUAAUUUUUUUCUACAGCAGUGGCAUUUUCCCAAUAAUUUGAAAGUGAUUCUCUUCCUCGUGUAAUGUCGUUUUCAUAAAUAGUGUUGACUUGUUAUAUUUUCAAACAAUUAAAAUGCUUGAGCACUUCCUUUUCAGAAAGUUAUGAAAUGAAACUUAAAAAUAAUUAUUUUAAAUGCUCAUUAAAAUGUGUCUGUAUACCUAUUAUGCCCCUUUUUCUAGUAUUCUACACUGAGACGUUGUUCAGAAAUGCUUUUUUAUUUUAAUUAUCUUUAAACCUAGAAUCGAGUGAAACUGAUAUAUGUGAAAUAUUGGGCCUAGUUUUCUUCCAUCUUUCAGAGCUUCAUGGACUAAGAAGUUAACCUAGUACAAAUGAGAUGAAAUAUUUCUGGGCAAUGUAGAGAUAGUAAACAGAUUAUCCAUAGACUUCACAUCGGUCCACUGGAGCAGGAGUUGUACAUAUUAGAAAUGUCAUGGGAUCAGCCUACUCUUGUUUGGGGUCCGUUUUCUUUUGCUCUAGUUUUUAGAAUGGGGAUGGGGGCCUAAGUGUCCUUAUGAGCUGUGGUCCACGACAGGAGCCUGUGAGGGGAGCACCAGGGUUCUGCUGCGUUCCUGCAUCUGGCAACACAACAGCAAGCACCAGUUCUUACCAGAGUAGCCCUCACGUUCAAUAAAGCCGUCAUAGGGUAUACUGUACAGUUAUGUUGCUAAUUUUCCUUUGAAAUAUAAAAUAUUUUAAGCUUUUUUUGUCAAAAGUGGUAACAUCUUAAUACAAAUAAAAACCUUUUUGUGGUUGUAAGAUUUAGCUUAUAAAUCAUUCAAAUUGAAGUGAAAGAUUACCAGGUCAUUGUUAAUGACUUAGUCUAUUAAGAAUAUAUGUAUUUUUGUAAAGGAAAAGCACUUGUAGAUAUUUAAUCAGUACAAGAUAUAUGUCUGUUUUGCAGAAAUAAAAUGCUGCUUAGAGAUUCUCUAAAUAUUUUUUAUUUUUGUGCUCAAAUGUAUUUUCUGUUGAUCUAUGGAAUGUUCUGUACAAAGCUGUAUGGUCGUACUGUUGGGCUAGAUACUUUCGUUUUUUAAAAUCUGGACUUAGCCGAGUAUAUUUGACCAUGUUAAAAAUAGUAUCUUUGUUAUUAAAAAUUUGAUUGCAUAA